CAAUGGCAUCGAAACCAAUUCUCUACGGUUCUCACACCAGUCCCACGGUAAAUGCCGUCGUCAUUACGUUUAAAGCACUCAAUGUGGACUAUGAAUUUCGAGAAGUGAAACCAUUGAAAGGUGAAAAUCAGACACAAGAAUAUUUGCGUAAAAAUCCCACCGGCACAAUACCUGCUUUGGAAACAGAGGAUCAUAAAUUUAUAGGCGAUUCUCAUGUCAUAACCGCUUAUCUGGUUGAUCGCUAUGCCCCAAAUGAUUCGCUCUACCCCAAGGAUUUGUAUAAACGGGCCAAAGUUCAACAACUGCAACAUUUCUCCAAUAAUGUUCUCUUCACCAAUUGUGUUAAAGCUGCCUAUGCGCCUAUAUUCGCGCGUUUGAAGACCACAGUGCCUGAAGAGAUUUUGGCCAAUUUUGAUUUCGCCUAUGCUACGCUGGAAAGAUUUCUAGAGCAGAACAAAUGGGUUGCAGGUGAUCAGAUGACGGUGGCCGAUUUUAAUUGUAUAACCUCGGUGGUAUCGAUGAAAUCUUUAAGGCCAGUGACUAAAGAGAAAUAUCCCCUAAUCUAUGAUUGGAUUAAUCGUAUGUUGGCCAUACCCUAUGUUGCUGAAACAUUUAACAGUGAACCCAUGCAGUCAUCGCGAAGAUUUUUAAAUAAACAAAUGGCCAAGUCACAUUUGUAAAAGGUGCAGUGUUGUCGCAGGCAACUGAAAAGUUUUUUUUUUAUGAUUUUUGUUUUUUGUUAUGAUUUUGU